UUGCAGGUUUACCGUGUUACAUUUAUUCAAUUACAAAAUAAAACAUAAACAGCACCUUUACGGACUUUAUUUAACAGUAUUAACUAAUCCACCGGCUUCUGAAUAAACUACCUGUCGAGUACCAAGUAAUCUCUAGAAACACACCGCAUUCAUUGAAAUGAUUCAAACAAAUUGCAAAACGUGCAUCAGAUUAUUCGUGAGAAAUUUUUGCCGACAUAGUCAACAGUCAACCAGAAUCCCGCCAGCAGCAAAACGAAAAUGGAAAUCUCGACACAUUGCGCUCGGAACAACCACCGGUCUAUUGGUUGGGUCAGUAGCGGUCGAUGGCCUACGCAACGAUUUCGAAAAUGUACAAAGUAUUCAACGAUUCGGUAGAUCUUUAGUAAUCGGCGCUAGUAUUUCAGCAGAUUAUGCCUGGACUCUAUGGGGCAUGGAAGAAACAGAUUCUGAUUACGCAGCCACAAUUUCCAAAGUACACCAGAGAUCGGCGGAAAAGAUACUGCAAGGUUGCCUGGCCAACGGAGGGUUGUACAUCAAAUUAGGUCAGGGUGUUGCUGCCGUCAAUCAUAUCAUUCCGAAGGAAUAUGUACAAACGUUACGGAAACUGGAAGACCAAUGUUUAACUAGAAAGCCUGACGAGGUUCGCUCGUUGUUUCAGGAUGAUUUUGGGAAAGCACCUGAGGAAAUUUUCGAAAGCUUCGUGUACGAGCCUAUUGCAGCGGCUAGUUUGGCGCAAGUUUUCGAAGGCGUUACCAAGGACGGCCAAAGAGUUGCUAUCAAAGUACAGUACGCGGAUUUGAGGAAACGAUUCAACGGAGAUCUGCGAACUAUUCUGUUUCUACAGGACGUUAUCGCGUUCAUACAUAAAAAUUACAACUUUGGUUGGAUCGUUAGAGAUUUGCAGAGCACUCUUCGCGAAGAGCUCGAUUUCGUACACGAAGGCAAAAAUGCUGAAAAGUGCGCCAACGAUUUAAGGAAACACAGUCACAUAUACGUACCGAAGGUACUAUGGGAAUAUACUAACAAGCGCGUACUGACGACCGAAUUCAUAGACGGCUGCAAGAUAAGUGACCGUGAAAGCUUGCGUCGCCUCAACAUAAACAUCGCGAAACUGGAUGUCGCUUUAUUCCGAGCAUUUGCGGAGCAAAUAUUCAGUACCGGUUUUGUUCAUGCAGAUCCGCACCCGGGCAACAUAUUCGUGCGUCGGGAUCCGCGCAGCGGCAAUCCGCAACUGGUUCUUCUAGAUCAUGGAUUGUACGGUAGACUGAACGGGGAGAUCUGCCACAAUUUGUGUCGUUUCUGGGAAGCAAUUGUCCUCAAGGAUCACAAAGCUAUGAAAAAGUACGCACUGGCACUAAAAGUGAACGAUUAUCGUACAUUUGCGGAAAUAUUGCUCCAGAGACCGUUGGAGCUGAAGGGUGCACGCUUAACCACCGGCCUAACGGAUGAAGAUCUGGCUUACAUGACCAAACAGGCUAAGGAACACUUCGAUAAGGUGAUGGAAACGCUCCGAAGUAUGCCGAGACAUAUUAUUCUUGUUAUACGAAAUUUGAACACUAUUCGCUCGAUUGCGAUGGACCAUGGGGACUUGGUGGAUCGUCCCAAAGUGAUGGCGCGUUGCGCGAUUGCUGCACUGCGGCAAGCAAGUGGAAAUAGCAUUAGGAAUUUCUUUUACUCAGCGUUUAGACGCGUCAAUUUUGAGUACCAGCUGUGGAAAUUUUCGAUUCAGUACUGGCUCAUAACAAGCUAUUUAAAAUUUUUGACGAGUUUGGGACGGGCGCCGGAUACAACACACUUAUUGAAUGUGACAGUUGACGUAUGAACUUAGCACUUUCGCCGA